AUGUCAAUUUCAUCAACGGUUGAUAGUUUAGAAGCUGUUGAUUAUAUUAAUCGUCAAUAUAUAGAUUUGGCAAUAAAAUUUGGAAAUAACUCAAAUAUUUUAGCUGAAAAAAUUCCAAAUCUACAGUUUGAUGAAAGUGAAGGAAUUCACGUCGGAAAUGUGAUUUAUAAUAUUCAUCAUCAUUCAAAGAAAACUGAUUUAACUGAUAGUACAACAGCUUCAAUAAAUUCGUUUAAUUUCAAGGUGAAGAGUACAUUUGGGCGGUUUGAAAAAUAUGGAAGAUGUAAAAUUUACUGGAGUUUGGUACUUAUUAUUGCAAUAAUCUGUACUACUGCCUCAGUUUCUGUCAGUGUCUAUUUUGCACUAAGAGAUAAAUUGGACACAACAACAGUACGUUCAAAUGAAACAACCGUAACAGAAUUCACAACUUUAAAGACUACAACUGAGCCAUAUGAUUUUGAUGCGUUAAUAACUCGAGAAGAAUGGGGAGCAAUUAAUAUAAAUUUAUCAAUAAUUCCUAAGUUAGGCAUGCCUAUCAAAAGAAUUAUCAUUGCUCAGACUCUUGGACAGUUCUGUACUAAUAAAACUAACUGCAUCUCAACUGUUAAGUCAAUGCAAACUCAAAAUUCUAAUCUUGAUGAUAUUCCUUACAACUAUCUCAUUGGUGGUGAUGGUAGAAUUUAUGAAGGUCGUGGAAUUGAAUAUCAAGGACAACAUACAGCCAAUUUAGAUGCUACAGAAUAUAACAGCAUCGGAAUUUGUAUUGCAUUUAUUGGAAAUUAUCAAGCAAUUGCACCAGACUCAUCACAGAUUAGUUUAUUGGCAGAAUUUGUAGAUUUUUACAAGAAGAAAGGAUCAAUUGCAGAAGACUACAUAAUUGUUUUGCAAGAUGAUUUGAAGUAUAAUCCUAUAAAAGCAUAUGCAUUAAAUACAGAAAUUGAAAAGUUUGAUCAUUUUCGACCAUUGUACAAAAUAUACAGGAGAGAAGAAUGGAAUGCUCAAAGUCGCAAAGAUCCCCCAAACAUAUUUGAAACUAGACCAAUGAAUUGGGUUGUAAUAGGUCACACAGCAUCAUCUUUAUGUUCUAGUCUUGAGGUAUGUAAAACUUCUGGAAGAAACCUUCAAAAAACGAGCUUUAACAAUACUUGGUCAGAUAUUUUAUAUAAUGUGUUCUUUGGUGGAGAUGGUUAUGCAUUUGAAGGAAGAGGUUUUGACUAUUGGGGCUCACAUCACAUCGGUUUAAAUUCUUUGUCAAUCGGUGUAGGCGUAAUUGGAACUUUUGACAACGUCCCACCAAACCAAGCAAUUCUAAAUGCAAUUAUCAAAGUGUUUGAUGAUGCAAUGGCUUUGGGAAAAUUGUCACAAGAUUACAAAAUAUUUGGUCGUAGUGAUUUCAGAGGGCCUGGCCCUGGAACAGCUUUUAUGAAUGUCAUUAAAGAAUGGUGUCGUUAUGGAAAUAAAACCAACUCUUGUUGA